GAAAAUCGGCUGACUUUGAAAUAUCGAACAGAAGCUCCCUGUACGGUAUGUUUGCAGCGACAACUCUCCCUCUCCCCAAAACUAAACUUAGAGCCCCCUCUAUUGCAAGCUCCAACCCCGCCAGCAACCGCUCUCCACAGUCCGUGUCUCUCUACGGGAGUUCAGGCUGUGCGCGCGGCCUCAUGAACGAGAGGAAACACAGCCGUACGCUCUCAGGAGCCUCCAAAACCAAAGACGACCCCGCAGUAGCUACGCCUGGGGAGUUUGUUCGUCGCUAUGGAGGCAAGAGAGUGAUAGAGAAGGUCCUGAUAGCCAACAAUGGGAUUGGGGCAGUCAAAUUCAUUCGCUCAGUUCGGAGAUGGAGCUACGAAAUGUUCAACAACGAGAGGGCGAUCACGUUCCACGCCAUGGUAACCCCUGAAGACCUCAAGGCUAAUGCAGAGUACAUCCAUCUAGCAGACAAUUUCAUCUUGGUCCCUGGAGGGACUAACAACCAUAACUAUGCCAAUGUCGACCUCAUUCUAGACCUAGCCAAGAGAAUACCUGUACAGGCGGUGUGGGCGGGGUGGGGUCACGCCUCAGAGAACCCGAAGCUGCCCGACAUUCUCCACAAAGCCAACAUCGCAUUCCUCGGGCCGCCAGCCUCUGCCAUGUGGGCCCUCGGAGACAAGAUUGCCUCCUCCAUCGUGGCCCAGACCGCCUCCGUACCCACCCUCCCCUGGAGUGGACCAGGUCUGAAACUGGACCAGUGUCCCUCUGACGUCAAGCGAGGGAGGAUGGCCCACAUUCCAGACCAGCUAUACAGUGAGGGGGGUGUGUCUGAUGCCAGACAUGGAAUGGAGGUGGCAGAAUGGAUCGGGUACCCAGUCAUGAUCAAGGCCUCGGCAGGAGGUGGCGGGAAGGGAUACGCAAGGUCCGUAACUCUGAGGAAUUCCCGUCUCUGUUUGAGUCUGCCGUUAGGUUUCUUCUCUACACAUAGCUAUAAAGAGAUGUACUGUUUGUAUUCAGACUAGUUGACUCCACUUAACAACCAUGCAGUCCAACUGAAUAAUGAGCUAAUAGCAGUAAAAUGAAAGCAUAUUUGGCAGACAUCCUAAUAUCCAAAACCAUUAAGUAGUCACUGUAGGCCCAAGUGAGGAAAGAGUGAAACAAGGUGAGAAGAUAAGACAGAACAGCAGAAACUAGACAUGCAGGCUGGGACAACAUAGCAGAAGUGACUAAACAAGCCUAUACCUUUGAAGUUGGACUACAAAGAGUAGCAUUUCCCUUGAGCUAGACUCUGCCGUUUGGCAGAGUGUUUACUGCUGUUAAAAUAGUUGUCAACUCUCUGGAAUACUGACAAGAUGGACAGGACUUUUCUGCUUGUCUUGUGUCUAGUGACACUGUCUAAUGUACAGCUGGGACAGUCUCAAUGUGAUGUUGUAAGGAUUGCUGCAGCUGUGCAUGAAGUUGUAGGACCAGCUUUGGAGACUAUUGAGAAAGACAUGAAGAAUGUGAAGUCUGACAUGGCAAGCCUCAGCCAACAGGUUGAGAAACUUGAAACCAGAUUGGGUUCUCUGAAUGAAUCAAUGAGAGAUGAUUUCAGUGGUGUUGAGAGAGGGUUAAACAGCACAGCCAACAUGAUAUGUGACAAGAUCAAAGAUCUUCCUGUUUACACAUGUGGAGGUACAGGAGGUUGGAGACGUGCAGUCUACCUGGAUAUGACAGACCCCAACACCAACUGUCCCUCUGGCUGGCAGCUCACUGGAUACUCCAAGACAACUUGUGGCAGAGUUAGUACUGGAUACGAUACUUGUGACUCAGUCUUCUUCCCUGUCAGUGGAGGACCAUACAGUCAGGUGUGUGGCAGGAUCAGAGCCUACCAGUAUGGAGUACCUGAAGCCUUUUAUGGGUAUAACAAUGGUGGACUAAAUACAACUGACAGUGCCUACGUCAGUGGUGUGGCUGUAAUGCAUGGCAGUCCUCGACAACACAUCUGGACAUUUGCUAGUGGAGCAGUGGAGAAUUAUACAACACCAGCAACCUUUAACUGUCCAUGUGAAAUCGGCAAUAAUGUUGCAUCCAUCCCACCAUUUGUUGGAGAAGAUUACUUCUGUGAGUCAGGGUAUGUGUAUCCUGGGUAUGACAACAACACAGACUGGUAUAGACUCCACUCCAAUGACACUCUCUGGGAUGGUGAAGACUGUCACUCCACCAGUACAUGUUGCUCUUUCCACAAUCCUCCAUAUUUCACCAAAACCCUCAACCAGACAACUACUGAUGACCUUGAGCUGAGAAUGUGUUUAUGGAAUGACAAUGACAACAUAGCAGUGGAACUGGUUGAGUUGUAUGUAAAGUAGUUAAAAAGCUGCUACUGACUGAAAAACAAAUAUUUUAGUUACCUUCAGACUCUGUGUUUUGUGUACAUGUCUUUUACUAGCUAGCAUAGCAGUAGAGAGAAA